GAAAAAAGAAAAAGGAAAAAACUCCCUUAUCUUUCUCUGUCCCCUGCCUUUUCCUCCUUCUCUAUAAACAAUUCUUCCCUCCCUCCUUCCCCUCGCUGCUUCACUUCAGUCGUUACUUCACUCACAGUUGCAGCAGCAGAGACCAACACAACAACCAUGGACUGCCACAGGAAUUCUCUUCUCACCUGGGCUUACUUCUGCCAUGGAAAGCAGAGCAUGGACGAACUGAAGCACUCACUCCUCUACACGACCCUGGAGCUCGAGCAGACCCGGAUGGCGGCUCAGGAGGAGCUCAAGAAGCGAGACGACCAGCUGAUUCAGCUCAAGGAGUUUCUGGGGAAAGCAAUUCGUGAAAGAGACGACGCUCAGGAGAAAUGCCAGAGGGUUCUGCUCGAGAACCUCUUGCUCCACCAAAAUUACAACCAAAAUGCUCCUCCUUUGUCAGGGAUUUCCAGCAUUGAAGACGAACCCAGAAGAGGAAUCGACUCCAACAACAACAACAACAAUGGGUUCUCGUCUUCGGAUUGCGAAGAGAGCAUCGUUUCCUCACCGGUUCUCGACCCAAUUCCGCAGCCGCAGGCAGGACAAUUGCCCCUGCCGCUGCCGGCGGAGGAGGCAGGGGAGGUACUACUGCCGGAGCCGGAGAAGCCGUUGCCGGAAAAGGGGAAGCUUCUGCAGGCGGUGAUGAAAGCAGGGCCGCUGUUGCAGACUCUGCUUCUGGCUGGGCCGCUUCCUCAAUGGAGGCACCCGCCCCCACCGCUCGAGUCAUUUGAGAUACCGCCGGUGACUAUCCUUUCGCCGCCGGUGACGUUCCCGGCGACUCCUCUGCCGCAGGAUUCCUCUUUCAACGGGAAUGGGUUCUGCAGCAGGAAGAGGGUUGUUCCCGAUGGUGGAUUCUGUGAGUCCCCAACUGAAACUAAGUUCCACAGAGUAGCUCUCCAUUGACAUCUCAUUACACCCCAAAAAAAAAAAAAAAACAACAACUAUAUACUAGUUUCUUCUUUCUUCCCUUUUAGUUCCAAGGUAUCACAAAACUAAAGACUCUUACUUUACUCCCAAGUUUUACCACUAAAGCCUUAGAGGAGGGUUAAUUCUGAGGGACUGAUAUAGUAUGGCAAUGGAGCAAGCAGCCAUUUUUGUACAUAGAGAGGGUUUGUUCAUUUUCCUUGUUUUUUAGCAGCUUCCUUCCUUCCAAAGUUCCACUUUUGAUGAGAAGUGGAAGAUGGGGGCAGAGUAGUAGUAGUAAUGGUAGUGUUGGAGAAGAGAAAGCUUGAGCCUUUAGGCUUUUUCUUCACUUUUCCCCCCAUUGAAGGGCAGGGGAAUUUAGUUAUGGAGGAGGUUUUGACAUACAAAUCUUCUCUCCUUGAAAUAUUGCUAAGGAGUUUGAGAUGAGAGAGAUACACUUUGUGUAAGGCUAAGAGCAGCAAAGUGUGAUUGAUUACAAUGUAGUAAGUAAUGUUUGGUUGCUCUUGAUUUCCUGUUUGUUUGUUUGCUUGUUUUUCCCCUUCUUGAGAAUCCGAGGGGAAUGGUGGAUGUGGUUGAGAAGUUGGUGGUGGUAAAGUUUGAAGAAGUAAAGGUUGAGAAGAAGGCCAACAACCAGUAGAGAGAGAGAUAGGUCACAUAGACUUUUCCUUUUAGGUUAGAGGGAGUGGAUCCCCACAAAUCCCAUUUCAGGAUCUAUCUACUGCUCUUUUUCUUCUUCUUCUUCUGCAGCUGCUGGUGUCACUGUCGCUGUUCAUGGCGGUGGUGGUGGGUGAUGAUGAUGUAUGGUUAGUGUGAUAAUGGAGAUUAGUGUUCACUAUUGAGCAGGCAAACUAGUGUUAUUGUUGUAAUUUACAAAGGAAAAGGAAGAAUUAUGUUAUGAUUGUAUGUUCCUUUUGUUUUAUUGCUCCCUCAAAGAGGGUAAAGCCUCUUUUCCUGCUCCCCCCAUUAACAAAACCUCCCACUGUUCUUAGAAACUUGUUUAUAU